CUCAUGCAAAAAUCCGAACAUUUUAAGUCAUGGCAAAGGCGUAUAAUUAAAAUCGACCACGUGGUUCGACACCUGUAAAAGCUAUGGUUAAAGCGCUAUCACGUGUUCUCGCAGUGUAUAAAUUUCCCGCCAAAUUUUGCAGAACAACGAAGUCGUCACAGAAGUUGCUUGUUUCCCAUCAAACAUGUCCCAACACAAGGUUAAGAAAGGUUUGUUGCAACGCUUGAACGACAGCGUAGUUAUUGGUGAUGGAGGUUUUGUGUUUUCGUUGGAAAAACGUGGUUACGUUAAAGCUGGUCCUUGGACCCCCGAAGCUUCUGUCGAACAUCCCGAAGCAGUGAGACAGUUGCAUAGAGAAUUUUUGAGAGCAGGAUCUGAUGUCAUGCAGGCGUUUACUUUUUAUGCCAGUGAUGAUAAACUUAUUAACAGGGGAAAUCAAGCUGGAAAGAAAUAUACUGGCAAGGAUAUUAACAAAGCAGCUUGUGAAUUAGCUAAAGAAGUGGCUGAUGAAGGGAACGCUCUAGUUGCUGGUGGUAUUAGUCAAACACCUUCCUACUUAAGUGGAAAAUCCAAAAGUGAAGUUCAAUCCGAAUUCAGAAAACAGAUUCAAGUAUUUUUGGAUAACAAAGUAGAUUUUCUCAUUUGUGAGUACUUUGAACAUAUUGAAGAAAUAGAAUGGGCAAUUGAAGUAUGCAAGGAAACUAGUUUGCCAGUUGUAUCUAGUAUGUGCAUAGGUCCAGAUGGAGAUCUCCACAAUGUAACAGUUGGUGAAUGUGCUGUAAGAAUGGCAAAAGCUGGUGCUGAUGUUGUAGGUCUGAAUUGCCAUUUUGAUCCAUUUGUAUCAUUAAAUACUUUAAGAAUGAUGAAAGAAGCAAUCACAAAAGCUGGUUUGAAUGUUCAUUUAAUUGUACAACCUCUGGGCUUUCAUACACCAGAUGCUGGAAAGCAAGGUUUUAUAGAUCUUCCAGAAUUUCCUUUUGCUCUCGAACCCCGUAUUUGCACCCGUUGGGAUAUGCAAAAAUAUGCACGGGAAGCAUACGAAUUAGGCGUUCGUUACAUCGGUGGCUGUUGUGGAUUCGAGCCUUACCACAUUAGAGCAAUUGCAGAAGAAUUAGCUAAGGAAAGAAUGCAACUACCUGAAGCUUCGGAAAAACAUGAACCUUGGGGUGAAGGUUUAAAAAUGCAUACUAAGCCAUGGGUUCGAGCAAGAGCUCGCAAAUCCUAUUGGGAAUCAUUAAAUCCGGCUACCGGUAGACCGUAUUCGGCAUCUUGUUCAAAGCCUGCCAAUUGGGGAAUCACUGCUGGCUCAAAAGAACUCUAUCAGCAAACUGAGAGCACUACUGCUGAAGAAUUAGAAUGCGUCUUUUCUUACAUGAAAGUUAAAUAGGAUGCUACACCACCAUUUAACUCAGCCGAGAUGGUGUAGAUUAUGCAAACUGAACACAAUGUGUUCGAUAAAAAACAUUCAUACUUUUUUGUAUGUAUAUCUAUAUGAUGAUUUAUAAAGAAAUCCAAUUCACUUCAUGUAUUUUGUAGCAAAAACUUUUAAUUGA